GAUAUUGAAAAAGAUUCGCUCGUUAGCUUUUACCUUAAUAUUCUACUUUUGAUAUUUUUCUCGAUUAAAAAUUCUUCAAGAUCCUAUUACUACAUUUUCCAAAAUAUAACAAACACGAAAUAGUUCGAUCCUCUGUCUAUUCUAAAAGCUUCUAUGAUUGAUGCAGCUUUUUCUACUACGUUAACGACGCCACUACGAGAGACUAUGUUUGUCGUACGUUUAGUACGCGUUAUAAGCAAGGCUGCAUCUUAACCUUAAAAUAUAGUGUUUUAUCGGAAUAUUUCCUAAUUCAUUUCAUUGUACUAACGAUUAUCUAAACGUUGAAAAGAUAUGCACGUGAAUAUGCAUUUUUUAUCGAUAAAUAAAUAUUUUAUUUCUUUACUUCAAAUAUAAAGUUCGUCUUAAACGAUAAUUGAGAAGUGACACCUACGUUAAAUAAAUAUUUUUGUCAAAGGUGAAAGUUUACAUAAACAACUUCGAUUUCUGAUAUUAAGUAUAAAAAUAACUGAACAAACUAAAAUGUCAGAUGAGGAAGAUUAUAUGUCCGAUAAAUUUUUGGAAUUAUCUGAGAAAUGUGUUACGCCAAGUCUAGUUUAUAGACAUACAGAUAAAAGACAAUUCGAAUUAGAAAAAAGAAAAGCUGAGCACGAGGCAAAAAUGAAAGAAAAAAAUAAAUCAAUACAUUUAAUAGAGCGUGAAAAACGAGAAGAGGGCAUGUCUAAUGCCAUAACAAGUAAUAAUAAAGGUUUCGCAUUGCUUAUGAAAAUGGGAUAUAAGCCAGGACAAGGUAUAGGAAAAACAGAAUCAGGUAUGAUCGAGCCAAUUGGAAUAGAAUUGAAAGCCGAUCGACAUGGAUUAGGUAAAACAUCUGAAAAAAAAGGAAGCAAACCAAAAGUAAUAGAUACAAGGUUAGAUAAUUCGCAUAUGAAAGAUUUCCGAGAAAGAUUGGCAGAAACAAAAUUAGAACAAAUGUUAAAAGUAGAUUUACAUAAAAGUCAAAAAGUUUGCCAACAAUUGGAUAUCAAAGCGAAUAAAGAAGAACCUCUGGAAUCAUGGUUCUGGUUAAAUGAUUCAGAGAAAAAAGAAGAUGAAAAUGAAGAAGAAGAAGAUGAAGAGAAAGAAGAAGAAGAAGAAGAAGAAGAAGAACUUACUGUUAAUGAGAAAUUAGACAUUCUAACAAAAUAUUUACGUGAAAAGUACUUUUAUUGCAUUUGGUGUGGUGUGUUAUUUGAAGAUGAAAAUGAUUUAAGAGAUAAUUGUCCAGGAUGUACGAGAAAUGUUCAUUAGAAAGUACACUAAGAAUAAAUAAUUAAUUCAAUAAUUCAAUAUACUACUUUUAUACAUUA